AUUAAUUUAAUAGACGAAUUUGGAAGCUUGAAUAUUGUUAUUUCUUGACAAAAGCCUAAAGUGAAUUUGUGUGUUGAGAAAACCCGUUUCAGUCAUGGGAAAAGAGAAAACUCAUGUUAAUGUGGUGAUUAUCGGCCAUGUCGACAGCGGCAAGUCGACCACCACCGGCCACCUCCUCUACAAAUGUGGUGGCAUCGACCAGAGGAGGCUGGAGAAGUUUGAGAAAGCUGCAGCACAGAUGGGGAAGAGUUCAUUCAAGUUCGCCUGGGUGUUGGACAAGCUGAAAGCUGAGCGGGAGCGAGGAAUCACCAUUGAUAUAUCUCUGCUGAAAUUCAACACACAAAAAUACACCAUGACCAUAAUUGAUGCACCUGGCCACCGUGACUUCAUCAAAAACAUGAUCACAGGGACUUCACAGGCUGAUGUGGCCCUCCUGGUGGUCUCUGCAGCUAAAGGGGAAUAUGAGGCUGGUGUGUCCAGAAGUGGUCAGACCAGAGAGCACGCCCUGCUGGCCUACACUCUGGGUGUGAAACAGAUCAUCGUCUGCGUGAACAAGAUGGAUCUGACUGAACCUCCUUUCAGCCAGAAACGCUUUGACGAAGUGGUCCGAGGCGUGAGCGGCUUCCUCAAGAAGAUUGGCUACGACCCCACGACUGUGCCUUUUGUUCCCAUUUCUGGCUGGACCGGAGAGAACAUGAUCACUGCAACUCAGAGGAUGCCGUGGUUUCAAGGCUGGAAAUCCAGACGACGGGAAGGGAGUGCAAGUGGGAGAACUCUUCUAGAAGUGCUGGACUCCAUUCACCCACCAGUGCGCACCAUCAACAAGCCACUUCGAUUACCACUGCAAGACGUCUACAAAAUUGGAGGUUAG